CACGCAGGCUGUGGCUGCCGCCCAGCAUGAACUGCUCUUAUGCAGCGUUAUCUGGACGUAUCUGCUUGACUAGUUGUCGACUGCUCUCUUGCAGGUCAGGAUCCAGCCAGUUCGUUCGGUGAUAGAGACGAGACCACCCCUGUAUCAACAAGCAACUUCGGUUCAAUAUUGAAGCUGUCCUCGGUUCCUUGUACCGCAAGAUGGCAGAAGAGCGAGCUUUGGUUCGGGCGGGUCACUCAGGUCCGCAGACGACUGAACCACAGCGGCCGACAAAACGCAUAGACAGAGUCGAAACCGCAUUCGUUCAAUCCCUCGAAGACCCCUCUCAUCCAAGACAUUGUGCCUCGUUUUACGAAACAUGUCUUCUCGAUAUGCUGGACGAGGUGCACACCGGCAAACUUGAAAUAUCGAGGUCAAAAUUCCCGGGGAGGUUCCCGGACGCUUUCGACACCAUGAUGAGGUUCCUCUCGUACCCCCGAUCCUCUGCCGAACUGCAUGCCGUCGCAGAAUCGCUCAAGACUUGUCAUUGUGACCUUUCGCAGCCGUUCGUCAAAACACUGCACAAAUCGAGCUCGCAGACGGCCUCACGACCCGGAGUCAAGGACUGCUGGCACCUCAUGUGCGACUUCAUCGGAUCGGCAGUCGAGCACUUCAUCGGGACGGACCAUAGCGUUCGCUCCAAGCUGAAAAAAUCGCAACGACGUCUCACCUGGCCCGCUAGCACGGAUGACGUGGCACCCUAUGGCCUCGAAGCCACCAUCAAUGCCCUCGCCAAUCUGGUAGAGCUGCGGAUAUCGUCGGUCCUGACCAUACUGCGUUCCAUAGUCGCCGUCUUCGGGCGGACGGCCGCGCUGCAGAUCCUGCUCAAGCACGAAACACUACCUUCGUCCCUAUAUGCUCUUCUUGUUUAUUACGCAGACGCAGCAUGGCAGCAUGACCCCCGAAAGCUGCGUAACCUGGACAAGCCGUACAGUACCAUCUUCGCCCUCGACCUCACCUCCCAAUACUUCAUGGACCUAAUAUCCUCCCCACCGCUUGACCUGAUUACCUUCCUUCUCCGCGCCGAUCAACCGAGUGACGCAUUCGUCACUCAAUGGUCGCGCAUCCUCGACUGGGCCACCGCCACGCGCGACAGCCUCCCGCCCGGCUUCGUCCGACGCUUCAACACGCCGCACAAGCCAAACUCAUACACCUACCUCCUCGACAUCCUCGACCGCGCACCCGUCAUCGGGGGCGUGCUCCACCUUCGGCAGUCCACGUCCGCGAUGCCCGGGCCCACGAUAUCCCCAGCAAUCGCCCGGGUCGCGGAGAACUCGUACAUGCCAAUCGUCGCGUCCCUCGACGGCGCGACGCGUCAGUACGGGCAGAACGCGCGUUGCUUUGCGCGCGGGUGCCCGUGGACGGAGGCGGUCGCGAUGCGCCGCUUCUCCGUCUGCGGCGGGUGCGAGCACAUGAAGUACUGCUCGCCUGAAUGCCAGCGCGCGGCGUGGGCCGACGCCGUCGCGCCGCACAAGCCGAUCUGUAGACUUCUCGCGCUCCUCCGCGAGCGCGGGUUGGAGUGCCUCGUCUGGGCGCACGGCGCGGGAAGGAGCCCUGCGCUUCAAGGCGUGAACAUGCCGGCGGUGAUGGAGACGCUCGUGAACCACCUCGCGAUCCUGGAAUCGCCAGAGGAGGCGCGCAUGCCCGCGCGGCCUACGCGACUCGGCUUUCAUGCGAUACCGCCGGAGCCGGAAGAAUUCCUGCGCCUCGUAUGAGCAAAUGUUGUCUACUACCCUCUUCAGGGCAGAAUGCCGGUCGUAUCUUUCGAGGCAUAACCUGUAUUCACCACAUGGUCAGAUGCCAUGUCGUAUCCGUGUUUCUUGUUGUGUGAUGAAUCCGUGUACUGUAUUGCUACCGCUACCGAUCUCUUUCCGGCUGUAUCCGUUCCCUCAUAUGUAUGCCUACGACGAUUAUCAGUCCCGAAUAGAUCUGCCUACACUCG